CCGGGGCAGCGUUUGCCACCGGUAGGGACUUAGUUCAUCCCGCAGCCAUUGAACUGGCCCCCUCGCAACGCGCCCAGGGGAGUGCGAAGCUUUAUAAAAAUUUAAAAGCGUCUUGGUGGUAGCAGCAGGAGAGGGGCGGAGCCGCAGCCUGGCGGCUCCGUGAUGAGCAAGGGGAAACUCGGAGCAGGACGAUCUCCGUGUUCACGUCUCCGAACCGGGUGUGAUGCCGAGACCGCGAAGAGUCCUGUUGAAGAGCAGCGUCUCUGUGUCCCACGAGGCUUUCCGAGCUAGUAGGUGAGACUGCGCGGGAGAACAGUGCCUGCUCCUUCGUCAGAGGAAGCUCGCCAUUGCUAUGGAUACCGAAUCCACAUAUUCUGGAUAUUCCUACUACUCAAGCCAUUCAAAAAAAUCUCACAGGCAAGGGGAAAGAACAAGAGAAAGACACAAAUCACCACGGAAUAAAGAUGGCAGAGGGUCAGAAAAGUCCGUCACUAUCCAGGCUCCCACUGGAGAGCCCCUGCUGGCAAAUGACUCUGCCCGCACAGGCACUGAGGAAGUUCAGGAUGACAACUGGGGAGAGACCACCACAGCCAUCACAGGCACCUCGGAGCACAGUAUAUCCCAAGAGGACAUUGCCAGGAUUAGCAAGGACAUGGAGGACAGCGUGGGGCUGGACUGCAAGCGCUACCUGGGCCUCACCGUCGCCUCGUUCCUUGGACUUCUCGUCUUCCUCACCCCCAUUGCCUUCAUCCUGCUACCCCAGAUCCUGUGGAGGGAGGAGCUGAAACCCUGUGGCGCCAUCUGUGAGGGACUGCUCAUCUCUGUAUCGUUCAAGCUGCUUAUCCUGCUCAUCGGGACCUGGGCACUUUUCUUCCGCAGGCAAAGAGCGGAUGUGCCGCGGGUGUUCGUGUUCCGAGCCCUGCUGCUGGUCCUCAUCUUUCUUUUCGUGGUUUCUUACUGGCUUUUUUAUGGGGUCCGCAUCUUGGACUCUCGGGACCCAAACUACAAGGACAUAGUGCAGUACGCAGUCUCCCUCGUGGACGCGCUACUCUUCAUCCACUACCUUGCCAUCGUCCUGCUGGAGCUGCGGCAGCUGCAGCCCAUGUUCACGCUGCAGGUGGUCCGCUCCACCGACGGGGAGUCCCGGUUCUACAGCUUGGGACACCUGAGCAUCCAGAGAGCAGCACUGGUGGUUCUGGAAAAUUACUACAAGGACUUCACUAUCUAUAACCCAAACCUCCUAACAGCAUCCAAAUUCCGAGCAGCCAAGCACAUGGCGGGCCUGAAAGUCUACAAUGUAGAUGCUGCCCUUAUGGCCAAACUGAAACUUUGUGUAGCGGACGGGCCCAGUAACAAUGCCACCGGCCAGUCCCGAGCCAUGAUUGCCGCGGCUGCUCGGCGCAGGGACUCCAGCCACAACGAGCUGUAUUAUGAAGAGGCUGAGCACGAACGGCGGGUGAAGAAGAGGAGAGCGAGACUGGUGGUAGCAGUAGAAGAAGCCUUCAUCCAUAUCCAGCGUCUCCAGGCUGAAGAACAGCAGAAAGCUCCCGGGGAGGUGAUGGACCCCAGAGAGGCAGCUCAGGCCAUCUUCCCCUCCAUGGCCAGGGCCCUGCAGAAGUACCUCCGCACCACACGGCAGCAGCACUACCACAGCAUGGAGAGCAUCCUUCAGCACCUGGCCUUCUGCAUCACCAACAGCAUGACCCCCAAGGCUUUCCUUGAACGAUACCUCAAUGCGGGCCCCACCUUGCAGUAUGACAAAGAUCGCUGGCUGUCGACACAGUGGAGACUUAUUAGUGACGAGGCUGUGACGAACGGGUUACGGGAUGGAAUUGUUUUUGUCCUCAAAUGCUUGGACUUCAGCCUCGUGGUCAAUGUGAAGAAAAUCCCGUUCAUCGUACUCUCUGAAGAGUUCAUAGACCCCAAAUCUCACAAGUUCGUUCUUCGCUUACAGUCUGAGACAUCCGUUUAAAAGUUCUAUACUUGUGGCUUUGUGAAAAAAACAAAAGAAGAAUAUAUAGAUAGAUUUUAUAUAUAUAUAUGUAUAUGUAUGUCCAGGGGGAAGUUCUUUUAUAAAGACUUUUUUUUUUUUAUUCUUCAAUGCUGACUGAAACUGGCAGAGGAUAGACCAGUAUCCUUCGACCGUCUGCACUUUAUUGGAAAAGAAUCAAGUGAUGUCCACCCUGACGAGCAGCUGGCGACUUCUUACUUUAAUAAAUGGAACUUCUGAAGAAGCUGUUCCCUGGAGUUUCUGCAACAGCUGAAAACCAAAGUGUAGCUGCUGUGUCCUCGGGAGCCUCGCCUUACAACUGGUCCCUGCCUAUGGCCCAGUACCACAUCCCCCUAUCUUUCUGGUGUCCCCUUAUAGAUUCUAGGGGACUCACUGUUUUCUGCUUCAGGAGACCAGACACUACACAGCCACAUGUGUGUUUGUACAUGUAAUUAUCCAUAUCACUACACCACCCUGGGGAGUGGUGGGCAGUCCAGGAAAUGUCCACACGCCUGAGUCUUUGUUCUUUGUUGCCUUAGAUUCUGAUAAGAGCCUAACAGAAAAUGUGCACUGGCGGUUUGCAGCUGCUAAGUGAUUUGCUUUUUCAUUUUCCAGAGUGAGAGAGAGAGCCCUGCCUGCCCUGUUUCUGGCCCUGUUCCUUUUGGCCUGAGGCAGGUAGCCCUUCCUAGGCCGGAUUGCCUACCUGGGCUCCACUCUAGUCCACUCUCCUGAGCAUGGGACCAACCACAGCCCUGCCUGGUGGGCAGCCCUGGCCAGGCUAGCUGGGCCCUCAAGACUGACAGGGACUUGCCCUUCCAUGUAUACCCUCAAGCUCUUUGCACAGCCUCAGCCCCUCCCACAGUCUUUCUCUGGAGAAGUGGGGUAUGACCCUGGGGAGCCAUUCAGCUGCAGCGCCCCUUUUAAGCCUCAGCAAGAACCCCAUCCACCUAGUUCCCCUUAGCCCUGCUUCUCGCAAACCAGGGGAGACCAACACUGUGACUCCCAGUUGGCAGGUGCCCCUUGGAGCCAUCCAGUUUCCCAGGGAGACAAGCCCUCACAAAGCUCAUGUGCCAAGCUGCCCUGCCACGGGAAACCAAACAAUGCCCAUCACCCUGGCAACUACUGCUGUCCCAUCCCCGUGGUUUGUGACCACCACCGCCACUGUGCAACUUACCGAAAGGAAAAGGGUCGCUCUGCCCUUGCUGUACAAAUUGCCCUUAAUUAUUAGUCAGGAAGAGAGGAAAAAGGGAUGCUGCAGAACUGGGGAAAGGGAGAAUAGGGAUCAGUGUUGCAGUCUAGGAGGCCCCUUCUGUCUGCAUGUUUUGUAGCUGGUUUGAGAGGACAGUGCAAGGGAGUGUCCGAAGACCUAUGCCCUGACACUUUGAAAUGGGCUGCCCUGGUCUGUCCGCCUUCCUCCAUCUGAAGCGAUGUUUCACAAAGUCCUCACUCUUUCUUUUCCCAGCUGCAGUGACCUUGUUUCAGAAAAGGAGGACACUGUCACCAUGCCCAAUAUCAAUGCUCCCGUACCCUUCCUGUGUAUGCACCCCAACAGACCAUACUAUUUUGUCUCUCACUUAAAAAAAAAAAAAUCCAAAUUGGCUUAGGAUAUUUGUGAUACUUAGAAAAGCCAGCAUUACUCUUCGUUGGAUUGACUUUUGGCUCGGAAAGUUGUGUCCGGGAAGGAAGGCGAAUCCAUGGACAAGGUACGGAGCCAGGAUGCCGCAUGUCAACCGCGUGGCUCCAUCUGAGACAACCUAGUGUAGCCUUGGUGCUCUGGUCUUAGCUCUUCCCUUCAGGUCCCUUCCAACUGGAAGUUCCUCAUGAUGUCUUUCUCAGGAAAUAUUUUAGGAGAGAAGGUAAGGGGUGGGCAGCCCGUGAGAGACUGGCUGUGUGUGGAGGGGAAUGCCGCAGAGCAGCCGCUCCACCACUAACGCCACGAGGUCGCCAAGUGCCAGAGUGUGAUAAUGUAGCGUUAAAAGCAACACUACUCAAUGGUGUUUUAAAACACCGUGCUUCCAAUCCUGUCUUAAAUUAACGGGUCUUUUGAAGGGGUUAAAUUGGAGUCAUGCGUUGGCAUGUGCGUGCCCAACAGGGCAAAGAAAGGUUUAAAUUUUAAAUUAAGGAAUUAAUUUAUUUGUUUUUUUUUUUUUUUCUCCUGACCCUUCUCCCUCUGGUUUGCAUAGGAGAAUCUCAGACUUCCUGAAAUUAUUGUUUGGGUUGUAAAUUGAAUAUUGAUUUUUUUUUUCAAAAUGCUAAGUUUGUAUCAAUUCUUUCCCCAAAGAAAAACAAAAUUAAAGGCAGGAUCCUAAAGUUCUUGUGUGCCCAGGAUCUUAACAGCCUGAGUGGAAGUGGGAACCAUGUGAAUGAUAUUUUGUAAAAGAAAUGUAAAGUUGCAGAAAGCUGCAUCACACAACUGAAGACAAUAAAUUUUUAUUUCAUUUAUUGGACCCUCAAUAGCCUGCUCUUUUUAAAGAAUGUAAAUCGUGCCCUACAGCUAGCACGAUGCAUGAGCCUAUUAGAGGACACAGGAUUCCAUUACCUUGAAUGUUUAUAGAUUUUUUUUCCUUAUAACUUUAAACCUAAGUUAUUAAAAUUCUAACAUUAAAUGUGAAAGA